AUGAAUAGUCUUUCGAGAUGGCACCCUCAGUCUGUAAAGGUGUAUUUUACUAGCAGUAGAACCAUCUUUCGAACUAUGGCCACCGUCAGCCAAGCCUCGACAAUUUCUCCACACACUCCUCAAACCAAAAAGGUCAAUAGUAUCACGAGCAAAGAAAGAUGCGAGGUAGCACUUCCCAGUGCCAAUAAACCUGUCGGCGCAUUACAAUACGUACUAUCCAGCGUAGAUGCCGUCGCAAACUGGGCGCGCAUCAACUCCCUGCACCCCAUGACAUUCGGACUCGCGUGCUGCGCCAUCGAGAUGAUGCACUGUUCGACUCCGCGGUACGAUCAAGACCGCCUAGGUAUUAUUUUCCGAGCGUCGCCUCGACAAUCGGACGUUAUGAUCGUAGCUGGUACGUUGACGAAUAAGAUGGCGCCGGCACUGCGGCAGGUCUACGAUCAGAUGCCGGAGCCAAGGUGGGUUGUUAGUAUGGGGAGUUGUGCGAAUGGCGGGGGGUACUACCACUAUAGCUAUUCGGUUGUAAGGGGGUGUGAUAGGGUUGUUCCGGUGGAUGUUUAUGUUCCUGGCUGUCCACCAACGGCGGAGGCACUACUGUAUGGUCUGUUUGUGCUCCAAAAGAAGAUACGUCGGACCAAGCAAACUCGGAUGUGGUAUCGCAGAUGA